AUGCCAAGAAAACAAAAAAUAGUUGCUGAUGAUGUGAGUUUCCAUUUAUUUCUUUGUUUUUUUGAAAAAUAAAAACGUUUUUCAGAACUGGCGACAAGAUGACCUUUCAAUUGGAUGGUUUGAUAUUCCACUUGAGAUGAGAGAAAUGGUAAUUAAUGAGAUGGAUGUGAAAACACGAUGUAAAUUCAUGCAAUGUUCGACAAAAUGUGAAGAGGAAGUGAAAAUAUCGAAGCGUUUUUCUAGCAAACAUCAAAAUCCGUCGGUAUCUACAUCGAGAAAUUUGGAUAGGACUUGGUGAACGAUUUGAUGAAGAUACACCACAUUAUCAUUAUUGUUUGGAAUUUAUUAAUGAUUUGAAAUCAUCAGAACCUCAAACGAAAGUUGUUUAUCACACGUGAGUGUAAUUUUUUUGAUUAUUUUUUAGAAAAAUGCUCAAAUUUCAGUGUACAGCGAGAAUGGGUUGUAGAUGAUUACUAUGAAGAUUUGAAAAAAAGAAAUGAAAUGGAUGAAAACUGA